AUGUCCUUGCUGCUUCGAAAGGCCGCGUGUGCGACACGAACGCUCGCUAGGGGACUGUUUGGGUUCGGAAAAGCCGGUAAACAACGGCAACAAAUCCAAGAAGCGCAGAAAAUGUGUUCCGUCUUUGUGGAUCCAUUGUCGAAGACUGAUCUCAAAUAUAUACCGGAGCGGAAUGUUUUUCUAGCAGAAACGAUCGGAGUAGAAUACCCAAUUCGCGAUGGAAUUUACAUUAUGAGUCCCAAUGAAGCAACUUUAGUGAUCGCAGAAGAAAAGCAAUCAACUGUUUGA